CCGCUCGGUGCGCAUCGUGCGGGAGCACUACCUGCGCCCCGACGUGCCCUGCCGCAGCGCCCUGUGCCAGGCCGCCUGCCCCCGCGAUGGGAAAUUGUUGUCAGAUGAUGUGACUCAUUAUGUUGUCCCUGACUGGAAGAUUGUUCAAGAUUACCUUGAGAUUCUUGAGUUUCCAGAGCUGAAGGGUAUUAUCUUCAUGCAAACAGCAUGUCAAGCUGUGCAGCAUCAAAGGGGUCGCAGACAGUACAACAAACUGCGAAAUCUAGUGAAGGAUGCCCGUCAUGACUGUAUUCUGUUUGCUAAUGAAUUCCAGCAGUAUUGUUAUUUGCCAAGAGAGAGAGGAGAAUCAAUGGAGAAAUGGCAGACCAGGAGUAUUUACAAUGCAGCAGUAUGGUAUUAUAAUCACUGCUUGGGUCAGCUGCCGGUUGUUAUGGUAACAGAAGAUGAAGAUGCUAUCAGAGAAUAUGGAGGUGAAACGGAAGGAGUGUUUGUGAUUUCAUUCAAGAAUUACUUGGAUAAUUUUUGGCCUGACUUAAAAGCUGUCCAUGAACUCUGCGAUUCUAUACUUCAAUCUCGGCGUGAACGAGAGUGUGAAAGCCAAGAAAACAAAGGGAAGGAAUACCCUGAACAUCUUCCUAUGGAAGUAUUAGAGGCUGGGAUCAAAUCUGGACGAUAUAUACAGGGUGUCCUGAAUGUCAAUAAGCACAGAGCACAAAUGGAAGCUUUUGUUCGACUUCAAGGAGCCAGUGGUAAAGAAACAGAUCUCCAAAGUGAUAUACUUAUUCAUGGUACCAAAGCUCGGAACCGUGCAAUCCAUGGUGAUGUAGUAGCUGUAGAGUUGUUACUCCAGCAUGAAUGGAAAGGAAGAACUGCUUCCCUUUGUGAGAAUGAUACUGAAGAAAAGGCACCAGGUGACACCUCCAGUGAACCUAUGCCCACAGGUAGAGUUGUUGGAAUCAUCCAGAAGAACUGGCGAGAUUAUGUGGUCACUUUUCCAUCCAAAGAAGAGAGUCAGUCUCAGGGUAAAAAUGCCCAGAAAAUCCUUGUUACACCUUGGGAUUACAGAAUUCCUAAAAUCAGGAUCAGCACACAGCAGGCUGAGGCACUACAGGACUGUAGAGUUAUUGUGCGUAUUGAUUCCUGGGAGUCAACAUCUGUGUAUCCAAAUGGACAUUUUGUACGAGUUUUAGGACGGAUAGGAGAUCUCGAAGGGGAAACUGCAGUUAUUCUAGUGGAGAACAGCAUUUCUGUUGCCCCUUUCUCAGAAGCCCAGAUGUGUGAGAUGCCUUCCAGUACCUCAGAGAAUCCAUGGAAGGUGAAUCCAGAGGAGGAACUAAAACGCAUAGACUUGAGGAAUACACAUUUAGUGUUCAGCAUUGACCCCAAAGGCUGUGAAGAUGUGGAUGAUGCACUGUCCAUUAGAACAUUAGCCAAUGGGAACCUAGAGCUAGGUGUCCAUAUUGCAGAUGUAACCCAUUUUGUGGCAGUGAAUUCUUACACUGACAUUGAGGCCAGAGCAAGGGCAACAACCUAUUAUUUAGCUGAUCGUCGUUAUGAUAUGCUGCCUUCCAUCCUGAGUGCUGACUUAUGCUCUCUUCUUAGCAGAGUUGAAAGGUAUGCUGUCAGUGUCAUGUGGGAGCUAGAUAAAAAUUCCUAUGAAAUCCUGAGAGUCUGGUACAACAGAACCAUCAUUCAGUCUUCAUACAAACUGGUCUAUGAGGUAGCUCAGGGAUUAUUAGAUGGUGACCUAAGUGUUGUUGAUGAUAUCCUAGAACUCAACGAACUGGAUGAGAGAACUAGACAACAGAAGCUGGAAGAACUGGUCUGGGCAAUAGGAAAACUGACUGAUGUAGCGCGACGUGUUCGGGCUAAACGUGACCGCUGUGGCGCUCUAGAGCUGGAAGGAGUAGAAAUAAGAGUGCAGCUGGAUGAUAAAAAGAACAUUCAUGAUCUCAUCCCUAAACAGCCACUGGAGGUGCAUGAGACUGUUGCUGAAUGUAUGAUCCUUGCUAACCACUGGGUGGCAAAGAUGAUUUGGGAGAACUUUCCUCACCACGCUUUGCUGCGCCAACACCCUCCACCACGACAAGAGUUUUUUUCUGAGCUCCGAGAAUGCGCGAGUGCCAAAGGCUUUUCCAUAGACACACGGUCUAAUAAAGCACUGGCUGAUUCUCUGAAUAAAGCAGAUGAUCCUUUAGAUCCAAAUGUGAAUAAAUUACUGCGGUCCAUGGCUACUCAGGCGAUGUCUAAUGCACUGUACUUCUCGACUGGCUCGUGCCCCGAAGAAGAGUUCCAUCAUUAUGGACUUGCCCUAGAUAAAUAUACGCAUUUUACUUCUCCAAUUAGAAGAUAUGCUGAUAUUGUCGUCCACAGACUGCUAAUGGCGGCCACUUUAAAAGAUACUAAAGUAGAUGUUACGGUUAAUUUGUUCAGCAACAAAGCUCUUGAGGAAUUGUGUAGACACAUCAACAACAGAAACAGGGCUGCACAACAUGCCCAGAAACAGUCUACGGAGCUUUUCCAGUGUAUGUAUUUCAAAGACAAAGUCUCUGAAACAGAUGAGCGCUGUACAGCAGAUGGUGUUGUUUACUCCAUUCGAACAAAUGGGGUACUUGUUUUUGUACCAAGGUAUGGCAUUAAAGGUGCUGCUUAUCUGAAAAACAAGGAGGGUUUGGUCAUCUCCUGUCAGUCUGAUGGCAGUUGUGUAUGGAAACCUGGUUCUCUUCAGCGUUUUCAGAACAGAAUUACUUCCAUAACAGUUGCUGGAGAAUCUCUUACAUUGAGUCUGUUUGACCAUAUAACAGUAAAAGUAUGUGUGCAGAGUUCACGCUGCCAUCCUGACACCAUCAAGCUUGAAAUAAUUAGCAACCUACCUUACAAGAAUACAGCCACAGAGCUUUAUGAGAAGAAUAUCCACAUAAUGAAAGCCAACUUAGUAAAAGAAGUAACAAGAUCUGCAGAGGAAGCUCAACUUGCCCAAGAAAAAAACAGAGUUGAAGUAAUCCAGGAAGAAUAUCAGGAGUAUUGCCAAACAAAGGGAGUUAGCUUGUACCAACUGCUUGAGGAAAUUAGGGACUUAGCUCUACUAGAUGUAUCAACUGGUAACUGAGCAUGAACUAGUAUUUGGCUCUGCUCCACUUAAGCAGCUGUGCACAAUUUUAAGUCUUUUUAAAACUGAUAUUGUAAGUUGAUAAACCAUUUUUAAUGUUUUCUGCUUUUGCUAAUUUGAACUGUACCUUAACUAAAAUUUAGCACUGAUUUUUAGAGUGAAACAGGCGUAGCCGAUUUAAGACGUUUUAUACAUGGUUAACUAUUGUAUUCUCACUGAAAGACUAAAGAUUGUAUUGUGGUAAACUACUUGGUCUUUUUAAAAAAAAAAAUCUGAUCUUGAUCUAAAAAAAUAGGUGACUGGACAUUGUUUUUUCUAAACUAGAUUCUUGUAGCGAACCUAAAUAUAUUUGCAUAAGCAAUACUGCACUGAGAUAGCCAGACCACCACUCAUCUUGCCCCUUCAGUUUUGAUCAAAUUAAUUCAACU